UCCUCUUUUCUCCCACCUCGGCUUCUCCUCCUCCUGCCUCUCUCUCUGCUCUGCUUGGAGUGAAAAUUUGCCAUUUCGGGAAAGAAAGGUGGAAGGGAACUCAAGACGACGCCGUCGCCGCCUCGCCUCCUCCCCGGGAAGGAAAAGAAAGAAGAAUCGGACGGAUGUACAUGGCCGCCGACGAGGCCGCCACGGCCUUCGUGGCAACGAGCCUCGACACCCGCAUCGCCGUCUCCUUCACCGCCUCCGACACCACCGUCGCCGACCUCAAGCGCAUAGUGAGCGACGAGCACGCCGCGUCGUUCCCCCACAUCGGCCGAAUCACCGUCGAAUCCUUCAAGGUCAGGCGCAGAGGUUCCUGGUACCACCUCGCCGACUCCGUGGCGCUCCGGACCGCCUUCCACGGGGUCAAGGGGGCCUGGCACCUCCAGGCGCAUGUUCUGCCUCACCCUGCACCUCCAAGCUCCGGCAAUGAUGACAUGAUCCACCGUGUGCUCUGCUCUCAGCAGAAUGCCGUUGGUGCCGUGCCGGCGGCGGCUCAAGGGGCCCUCUCCUACGCUCCAUCGAUGGACCGGCAGGAGGAUGGACAUGAUCGCAUUGGUGAUGCCUCUGCACUGACUCCACAUGUGAAGCGCAGCAGUACUGUAGAGGGAGGUGGGUACGCCAUGCGUGGUGGAAAUUCAGAUGCUGAUGCAGCAGAUCCUGUGAGGGGGCAAAGGGCAGGUGUGAUCGAGGAUCCGAGAGGGAAGAAAAAUUUCAGGGAGGGAGAUGGAGACCGUGAUCAGAAACUCCUCGUUGACUGCGAUGGCCAGAACAAGUGCAGAGAUAAUUCAAUGUCCAAAAGGAUAUGUGCGCGAGAGGAUGAAUCUUUUAAUGAAGUGGAUGCCGAUUCUGCUGGUGGUGGUGGUGCGGUCGAUGCGCACUCUUCUCAUGAUGACAUGCUUGAAGACGAAGGUGCUUCAUGUCAGCACGAUGAAGGGCUCGAUUCUGUUGAAAAGAAAGAGGAGGCAGUAUCGACCAGGCCGGCAGAUGAAGUUGAAUCAUCAGUGCAGCUGUGUACCCAUGAGACCAUGUCCAUAACUGAUGAUAAAGCGUCACAACUCUGCUUCUCAGUGAACAAGAAUGUCUCCACCCCCGCCACAGAACAACAUGCUGAUGAAGGAAUGGCACAGGGGAAACUGGUUGAGCAACAAGAUCACCUGGACAAGGACGAUAAAGUACAAAAGGGAGAUAACUCCAAAGAUACCGAGGCCAUUCAUUCUGAGUAUGUAUCUGAUUCUCACCAAUAUGAGGGGCCAUCAAGGGUAUUUGACUUAAAAUGCCGCAGGAGUUCAAAAUCUGAAAUACUGACUGAUCAGGUUGCUGGCCACAAUUUUGUUGGUUCAGAAGUUGAAGUGACCCCCAUUGAAAGGGCAUCCCAGGAGAAUCAUGAUAGAUCGGUUAAGAGACAUGGUUCCGUGUCUGCUACUGUUUUUGGCCCUUCAACUCCUAAUUUAAAAUUGUCAGAGAUGAAAGUUAACAGCACCGAGCUAGAUUAUCAUAGAAGUAAUCCCCUGCCGCAUGAUUUGGAUGAUUGUGCGCGCAGUUUGAGGGAAAAGCUGGUCUGUGGCCACAAGGAACCAUGGUUAGCUGAGGUGUGCAACAGUGCAAGCAGCAAGAAAGGAAGAGAUCUUCCCCCUUGUGCCGAGUCCACGGAAGAAGGUAAUUCUUCAGAAAAAGAAGCAAUGGCGCGCAGAGUUAAGGGAAAGGAGCUAUGGACAGCCAAGGUGUGCAAUGGUGAAAUGAGCAGCAGAGGAACUGAUCAUCCACCUCGUGCCGAGUCUACAAAACAAUAUAAUCCUUCAGAAAAAGAAAUGACGGCACACGAAGUUGUGGAAAAGGAGCCAUGGACAGGAAGAAUAUGCAAGAGCGAAAGAAGCAGCAUCAAAGGAUUUGAUCAUCCACUUUGUGCCGGGUCCAUGAGAGCAGGUAAUUCCUCAGAAGCGAGACAAAGCACAAGAACAGUCACAUUGGUCGAUAUGGAUGGAACCAAAUGGGAAAUGCAAUUGGACGAAUCUUUCGAGCUCGGUCCGCAAGAAAGCAGCAGUUUCACCUGGUCAGAAAAGGAAAACAGCAGUUCAGAUGCUAAAGAAAUCCAGAGUCCUUCGGCGAAACCCCGUCAGAAUGUUGAAGAACGUCCACAGGGUGCACCUGAGAAUGGAGGAACUAGGGUACCGAUCGAGAGGAGCAAUCUUCUGCGACAUGGUUCCUUCAAGACCCCAGCGUCCAGCGAUCGAAUGGUAUCGAAGCAUGCAGGGGCCACAUCAGCUGAUGGCGCUGAAGGGGCUUGGGACAAAAGAAGGCAACCGAGGCAGGUGGUUAGGAAAAUACCCAAUAGCAGGGCAGCGAAGAUAUAUGGCUACAGGUAGGCUGAAGGUGAAGGCAGUGCUUGAGUUAAGAUGUUGCUGAAAGCUGUGUCGCAGGUGAAUAAAACCUACCCAGCAGGGCUGCAGGAGGACAUUGCAUUUUGGCUUGGAAACCAUCUAACUAGACUGAAUGCCACGGACGUUUAUGGCUUUGCUUUAUGCACUUGAGACUGCAAUUCUACUUCGUGUAUGUACGUAAUGUGAAUGGUUCAUUCAUCGUGUGGAACCUGAAACCAAAAAAGGCUUGAAAAACAGUUGCCAGCAUC